AUGGUGGUUGUAAUAGUUGUAGCAGUGGUGAUGACGGCGGUGAAUGUGGUGGUUGCUUGGAGGGUGGUGGUAACAUCAGUGAUGGUAGUUGUGAUGGUUGUAGCAGCGAUGGUGAUGGUGACAGUGAAUGUGGUGGCUGCCGGGCACGAAGGCUUUGGCUUUUGCGAUAGUGGUGACAGGGGGGAGGUGAUGGCUGCGAUGGUUGUGAUAUUUGUGGUGGCAGCAGCGAUGACAGUGGCAAUGGUUGUGGUAAAUACUGCAGGGGUAGCAACAGCAGUUGUAGUGAUGGUGGCGAUAGUUGUGGCGGCGGCAAUAGGGGUGGUUGUGGCAGCGGUGGUGGCAACGAGAGUAGUGAGUGAAAUAUGA